CUUCCGACUCGCCUCCACCGGCCACCGGAGGGAAGAUGGUAGCGAGUGUUUUGCUGAGGAGAUCUUUGUUAGUUGCUGUUGGAUUUUGCUGCAGGAGGGUGCGGUGUUGGCCCAUUUCUUUGUGGAGCCAACCUCUAUUAUUAGCUAAUGUAUCUCGCCUUGUGGCAUGCCAACAAUCAUUAAACACUCGAUUCAGUAGAAGGUGCUUCUCAGCUGGUCAAGAAACUGAAUCGAAGUCUGAUACAUCCCAGGAUACAGUGACACUCAGUGAUAGCUGUGUUAAGCGACUACAGAAAAUUUUGGAAAAGGAUGAGUUCCUGAGGGUACAAGUGGAAGGAGGUGGCUGCUCGGGAUUCCAGUACAAAUUCCUACUAGAUAGAACAAUAAACUCAGAUGACAGGAUCUUUGAACAGGAUGGCGUUUGUGUUGUCAUUGAUUCUGAUAGUCUGGAGUACUUGAAGGGAGGCACAGUGGACUACAGCGAAGAACUCAUCCGUAGUUCAUUCCAGAUAUUGCACAAUCCACGGGCAGAACAUGGAUGUUCCUGUGGGAGCUCUUUCUCCAUUAAAUUGUGAAGUAUAGCAGCUUAUCCUUUCCACUAUGUUGAAAAGAUGUGCACAAAAUAGAGCUUGGCUGAAGAAAAAUGCAGAGCCAAGCUUAAAGCAAAACAGUGUAUGAUAUUACAGUCUUGCUGAAGAUUACAAAGAAAACAAAUAGGAACAGAACAUUGGAGUUAAAUUAUUUAUACUUGGCAAUGCAAUACAGUGAGAUGUUUUGAAACAAUAUGUGCUACUAAUAAUAAAGGUUGCACAGUAUCUUUUAUGAAGGCCUUGUACUUUUUCAGAUUGAAAUAAUAAGGGCAGACAAAGCAUUAAAUAAUUGAAUCCACAGCCCAAGAAAUUGGAAAGCUAGGUUCAGUGGAUCUAACCUGGAGAAAUGUACAGCGAUGUGUCUAUUGGGUUUGCAGCUUUGGGUAGAAGUGACUGUGUAAUAGACUUUUAUCUGAACUAUCUAUCAGUGACCUUUACUUGUUAUUAUUGAGAUCCCAGUGAAAUACAUAGCAACAGCCAAGAUUUAACAUUUUAAUUUGGUUUGGUUGAUCUUGUUCCCAGAGUUCUGUUUCUAACAUUAAAUAUGUUGAAGAGCCACGUAUUUUAAUAAUUUUCAGACAUUUUAUUCAUCAAAGUUACAUAAAUCGUGAAGUGUUUCCCAUUUAACAUUCUACACCAAUUAAAACCAUAAAUUACAGCAGAGACCAUUCAGCCCAUUUUCCUUGUAAUAGACCUGUCCUAUUAUUCCAAUUCCCUGCCCUUCACCCAAAGUAGUACAGAUUUUACAUUAUUUAUUUGAUUGCUUUUUGGAAGCACUAUUGAAUCUGCUUGCCUUUUCCAUUUCUUUCCCUCACCAUCUACCAACAGCUUUUUGUCAAUUACCUUAAAUUUGUGCCUGCAGGGGAACUUUCCAGUUAGAAAUAAGUUCAACCUAUAUUUCUUUUAGAAUCCCUUUAUAUUGUCAGCCUCUAUGAACUCUUCAAAACCUUCUCUGCUUAAUGAAGAUCAAUAUUAGCUUCUCUGGUUGCCACUUGUGUUCUAAAAUUUGUUAAAAUCUUAAUGUGGUCAGUUGCUUCCUAUUACAAGAUGGUAACUCCAAUGUAAUCAUGAGCUUCCAAAACAGCUGAGUUAAGGCUGGUUUUCACUAAAUCCUGAACUAUCAGAGAUCCUUUUUUCCAAGUGUUCCUUUCCUUUUUUUCCUGAGUUGGUACUGGAACAUAGGCCACCGACGUCAGCUUGCCAGAGUCCUCUGUCCUGGGACAGUCUUUAAUGUUGUCUUCAGGUGUAGUCCAUCUUCUUGGGGUAUCGUUCCUCUCCUAAGGAUGAGGUCUUUGGAGCUUUUGUUGGUGUUUCUGUAACUGGGUUUUUAAGGGAUGGGUUACUAGCCCUGUAUCAAACCCACCUCCUUUUGUAGUCAGGCUUAGGACUGGCCAUAGCAGAGUUAGCCUUGAGUUGAUCUUGCUUAAAAAAAAUGUAAUUACUAUAAAGAAUACAUUCAUUAUUGCUUUUUACACUUAAAAGAAAUGGAAUAAGGGGGUUGUUGGGAUGGGAGGGUGUGGAAGUCUUGAGCAAACUUUUUCUAUUAUGAGUUUGCAUGUUGCAGGGCGGCUCUGGAAAGAUGUGUACGAAGCGAAAUUAUGAAACCCUACUUCCAGCAUUAUGCAUAAAGGAAACACUGUCAAAAUGAACCCUUAUUUUUAUCUGUACUGGUGAUUCCUCAUUUCAGAUCUGUUUCUGGAGUGUCCUGUACUCUGGACGCUCCUGAGUUCAGACCAACAUGUCCUAGUACAGAGUUGACUUGUAUUAAACUUAUUUAAUAAAAGAAAAUACAAAUGGUCUCUCAGAUAAGGGAGAGAUCAUGUAUAUUGAAGGUCCCUGAAUGGUGUAAAAUAAUUUUUCCUCCUAACUUCUGCUUUCCAUAUUCCUUUCUACAUCAUUGUGUCUUUAAAAGGUACAUUUGUUGGGAAUUUUAAAUGUUUUUUUUCUCUCUGAUGCCACCUUUGUCCUUGGUGUUUGCUAAGCAUUUGCCAAUUUCGGUGGAGCUCUGCAGCCCACUCAGUUUUAUGCUCUAAACAUUGCCCUCUGGUGGCACGCAGAAUAAUAGCUACUUGAGACCAUAAGACCCCGAAGCAGAAUUAAUGUCAUUUGGCCCAUUGAGUCAGUUCCACCAUUCAAUCAUGGCCGAUUUACUUUCCUUCUGAACCAUAUUCUCUUGUCUUCUCCCCAAAACCUUUGACACCCUUACUAGUCAAGAACUUAUCAGUCUCCACUUUAAAUAUACCAAAAACUCUUGUCUAUGGCAAUGGAUUCCACAGAGUCACCACUGUCUGGCUAAAGAAAUUCCUCAUCUGUUCUAAAGGGUCUGUGCCCUCUGAUCCUGGACUCCUGUUAUUGUAAACAUCCUCUCUAUCCCCACUCUAUCUAGGCCUUUUAAUACUCAGAGGUUUCAGUGAGGUCCCCACCCCACUACCCCACAUUCUUCUGUACUUUAGAGAGUACAGGCUCAAAGCCAUUAAACACUUACUUUCAUUUUCAGAUCAUUCUUGUCAUACUCCCCUGGACCCUCUCCAAUGUCAGCACAUCCUUUCUUAAAUAAGGGGUUCACAAUGCUUCAAGUGGAGUCUGAGUGAUGCCUUAUAAAGCAACAGAAUUACAUCCUUGCUUUUAUAUUCUAGUCCUCUCAAAGUUAAUGAUAACAUUGCUUUUGCCUUCUUUAUUACCAACGAAACCAGCAAGUUAACCUUUUGGAAAUCUUGCGCUAGGGCUCCCAAGUUCCUUUGCAUCUCCAAUUUCUGAAUUUGCUUCCAUUGUAGAAAAUAGUCUAUGCCUUUAUUCCUUCUACAGAAGUGUAUUUUCCUCAUUGGGAUUUGGGGUUUUUAAUUUGUAAAAUGUUUUGAAAAACUAAUAAAAAAAAAUUUUAAAAAAAGUGUAUUUCAUCUGCCACUUCUUUGCUCAUUCUAAUCUGCUUAAGUCCUUCUGCAGAUGCCCUGCUUCUUCCACACUACCUGCCCCUCUACCUAUCUUUGUAUCAUCUUUAAACCUGGCUACAGUAGUUUCAAAGGUUCAUUUAUUAUCAUAUUAUACAACUCCGAAAUUCAUCAAUUUGCCGGAUAGCCAUCAAUACAGUCAUUCAGAUCAUUAACUUAUUAACGUAAAAAGUGGUGGACUCAGCACCAACCCCUGUGGCUACCACCAGUCACUGGUAGCCAACCAGAAAAGGCCCUCUUUCUUCCCACUCUCUGCCGUCUGCCAGUCAGCCAAUCUUCUCUCCAUGCUAGUAUUUUUCUUGUAAUACUAUGGGCUCCUAUCUUGUUUAGCUGCCUCAUGUGCGGUGCUUUAUCAGUCCUUUUGAAAAUCCAAAUAAGCAACAUCCACUGUCUCCUUGCUCCAACAUACCUCAUAGGAGCAUAAACAAGUUUGACCUUAUGCCACAUAACAAAGAUGUUGGAACAAAUGAUCAAAAUCCUGGUUGAAGAGACAAGGUUUGAAGACCAAUUACCUUGUAAUCCUAUCACUAAAGAGGAAGAGAUACUCUUCGUGUCCAACAUCUCAGUACCUGCAAUUAAAUGAUAUCUUUAAAUUAGCAUAAACAUGGUAUUUUUGUUCUUCAGCUGCCUUUUGCUACAUUCAGAAAGGCUGUGCAUAUAUUAUAUAAAAAAAGAGUUGGGGACGUCUGCUUAUUGAUUUUUUUCAGGAAAACCAAAUGGUGUAAGAUUAAAUUUAUAAAAUGCAGGAGGAACUCGGCAGAUCAGGCUGCAUUUAGGGUAAGAAGGCUUUGAGCUGAGACAUCGGGAAAUGCCCCUCCAGCAUUUUGUGUGUGUCACUCUGAAUUUCCAGCAUCUGCAGAAUCUCUUGUAUUUAAGAUUAAAUUUAGCAAGUUUUACAGGAACUAUUUUGAAGUGCUCUUCCUGACAAUGUAUGUUGUUCCAUGCACUCUAAAAAGGAAAUUGAAGACAUAUUUUCAGCUACUUUAAAAAAUGAAAAUCAGGCAGGAUAUACAAAUGGUACACCAGAUUGGUUGUUGCUUGCUUAAAGCCCGUGUUUAUAUUGAAUUAUUUUGCAAGUGUUUUAAUUAGGGAACUGUAGGGAAGAUUAAAGCAAGAACAUGCAUUGGCACAAAUAGAAAGUAAGUGCCAUUAUCAAAAGUUCAACAUAGAGUAAAGUGCUUAUUUUCUUUUCCUUUCCAGCUGGGUAAAGUUAAUACCAUUGGACAGCUGACAAGUGGAAUGUUCCAUCCCUGCCUGUCCUCAGUCAGACCUCCCUUUAGAUUCAGAUUUGUUGAAAAAGAGCCUAUUUCCCUUUCAGUUAUUUGUUACUGAGUGAGAGAAUUUGUUCUGGUAAAAGAAAGUUGGCACACCAGUGAAGUGGGAUUGACCACAGUCUGAGUUAAAAGCAGAUAUGAAAGCACUGGCAAUUUUCAGCAUUUGUGCAUUUUUGUGUUCAAAGAUAAAGGUGAGAUGAAUUGUUGCUUUGUAUGCAGUAGUGCAGUGGCCAUCAUUUGUAAUGUGGCAAAAUUUGUAAAUGCUUUAUUUUAUGAUAUAAUAAAUACUUUGCACUCUU